AUGGGAUCUGCCAGACCUAUGAUAAUUGGAAGAACUCUACCUCUUACAACAGAUGUCAAUUGGAAUAUAGUACCCCCUCACACCGGAAAUACGGAGCAGCGGAAAGGCGAAGAUGUGGCAAGGAAUUCAUUUAGGAUUACGUCGGAAAUUGAAAAGCAACAAUCGGAGAUAAACCGAGAAAGCAUCGGACGCAGCACCGACUUGACUGGACUCCCAAACUCGGCGGAAUGCCCACUCAGACCAAGCGACGAGUUCACAAUUGCUGUGGAGCAUCCGGCGACCAUCUCUCACAAUCAGCAGCCGCAGCCACACGGAUGGAUGGCUCCAUUCCCCACGGAACCGACUUCGAAUGCACGGAAGGAGGAAGCGUCGGAAGGCCGAGCUCCCGUUGUAGGGCUCGAAGGCGACGUAGAGGAGGCGAAGGUGGAAGAAAUUGGCUUCGGGUCUUCUUUCUCGGAUAAAAGCAUUCGGAAGAGAUUCGUCUGUCGGGUCUACGGUAUCCUCAGCAUCCAGCUGGUUUUCACCUUUGCUCUGAUCGCUCUCUUCGUUUUCAGUGAUGGGAUUAAGACCUUCAUCUUUGAAAACAUGUGGAUGUAUUGGACUGCAUACGGUAUAUUCUUCGUCACACUUCUCGUCCUGGUCUGCUUCUCAAGCUUGAGGCGGAAAUACCCAGCGAAUGUGUUUGCCCUCGCUAUUUUCUAUCUGGCGUAUGACACCCAGCUAAUUUUGGGAGGUCGGAAGCACGAGUUGAAUCCCGAGGAGCAUAUAUUUGGAGCUCUCAUGCUCUACCUCGACAUUAUUCUCGUGUUCCUUUAUAUUCUUGGAAGUGCUAGAAACUGAACCCUGACCAUGUUUACCCAACCCUUCCGCCUUGGAAAAGGUCCCUUUUUCCCAGUCCUUUUUUCUUUUUCUUGCUUUUUUUUAGCAUUCUGGAAACAUUUGGCUUUUGCUUUUUGUACGAACAUUAUUUUUCGCUAUCUGGUAAUAUAAGAG